AUGAUGCCCCAGCUCCCGACCUGGCUCCGCACCGUGUUCCUUCAGUUAAACCCUCCCUCUCCUUCGCUCCAAAUUCCCCGCAUCCCUUCUCUUUCCUUCAAGGGGUUUCCUGACAGCAGGCGAGGGCACCAAAUCCUGUCCCCAAUCUGCUUCCUUCCAGAGCCCCUUCCCAAGCCCACCCUCAGGGCCUGGCCCAGCUGGGUGGUGCCUCCCAGAAGCAGUGUAAGGCUGCAAUGUCAAACCCCGACCAAGAAUGUCAACUUUGCUCUCAGGAAGGGAAAUAUUCUUUUGGAUUUUUCACGAUCACCGGCUUCCAAGGAGGGCCUGGCUGAAUUUCACCUCACUGGCCUAAGAACGAGCCACGCUGGAGACUACACCUGUGAGUGCUACAGACCAGGGGCCCCGGACAUAAGAUCACCGCCCAGUGAGGUCAUCCUGCUGCUGGUGACAGGAGGUCUCCCUAAACCUUCCCUGCAAGCCCACCAAAGGGGUGUGGUGACCGCAGGAGACGAUGUGACCCUGCAGUGCCAGAGGCCAGACAAUGUUUUCGGGCCCAUGAGGUUCGCUCUGCUGAAGGCGGGAACGGCAGGGCCCAUCCGGCUCCGGACCCUAGUCGGCAAGGAGGCGGACUUCUCCCUGCAGACCGUGACAGUCGGUGACGCCGGGAACUACAGCUGUGUCUACUUCCAGACCGGGACUCCUUUCUGGGCCUCACAGCCUAGCGAUCGUCUUGAGAUCCGGGUGAGAGGUGAGGUUUUUACCAUUGGGAUUACCCCAGCUGGAUUACCUGCCCGCUCAGGUGCUGGCACAGUCUGUCUCCACAAGACUCUGCAGCUUGGAGCAGUCAUUUGGGAAGGACCGAGGGAGGGCCAGGAUUCUGUGGAGUAGAGCAGAGGAUCUUCUGCUGAGAGAGAGGGAGCACCACCAAUGGUGGAGAUCACAUAACUGGAGGCUGGGAGGGGGGCUUCCCACUGUAGGUGACCAGCUGUGUUGUGAGGGGGCCAGGCCUGGAGGAGGAGGGAUCUGUAAUAAUUGACACCCCCCCCUCACCAGGAAAAUAAGAUGUAGGCAUAAAGUCAUUGCUGUUCUCCUGGGAAGGGCACAAUUCAUUUAGACUAAAGUGUGGAUGACACCUCCUGGGGUUAUACAGGAGGAGAGUCUAGCAAGAAGCCAGAGGAGGAGGGAGAGAGUAACAAAAGGGUCCAGGAACAUCUUUCCGAGAAAGAUUCAGAUCUCAGUUUCACUUUAACCGGGACUCUGGCACUCUUGCCUUUAGCUCAACUGAAUCGAGUUUUUCUCUUCCUGCUGAGACUUUUCCUUCUUUUUGAAAGGAAUGAUUUUUUAAAAUUAUGGCAAAACUGCAUAAGGUAA